AUGAUCGUGGCGGACUCCGAGUGCCGCUCCGAGCUCAAGGGCUACCUGCCGUUCGCCCGGAGCGGCGUCGGCGGCGCGGGCACCGGAGAGGAACCCAGGGAGAGCCGGGUUCGGCGAGGCCCUCGAGGGCCCAGCGCCUUCAUUCCUGUGCAGGAGGUCCUGCGGGAAGGGGCUGAAAGCCUGGAGCAGCACCUGGGGCUGGAGGCGCUGAUGUCCUCAGGGCGGGUGGACAACCUGGCAGUGGUGAUGGGCCUGCACCCCGACUACCUUAGCAGCUUCUGGCGCCUCCACUACCUGCUGCUGCACACCGAUGGGCCCCUGGCCAGCUCCUGGCGUCACUACAUUGCCAUCAUGGCUGCUGCCCGCCAUCAGUGCUCUUACCUGGUGGGUUCCCACAUGGCAGAAUUCCUUCAGACUGGCGGUGACCCCGAGUGGCUACUAGGCCUCCACAGGGCCCCUGAGAAGCUGCGGAAACUCAGUGAGAUCAACAAGUUACUGGCUCAUCGGCCUUGGCUUAUCACCAAGGAGCAUAUCCAGGCCUUAUUGAAGACAGGUGAGCACAGCUGGUCCCUGGCCGAACUUAUCCAAGCCCUGGUCCUGCUCACCCAUUGCCACUCACUGGCCUCCUUCGUGUUCGGCUGUGGUAUCCUUCCUGAGGGGGACCCAGAGGGCAGCCCUGCACCACAAGCACCAUCGCCCCCCAGUGAGCAAGGCAGCCCUCCCGGUGGGGACCCAUUGAACAACUCUGGGGGCUUCGAGGCCGCCCGAGACGUCGAGGCUCUGAUGGAACGCAUGAGGCAGCUGCAGGAGAGCCUGCUGCGGGAUGAGGGGGCCUCGCAGGAGGAGAUGGAGAGUCGCUUUGAGCUGGAGAAGUCCGAGAGCCUGCUGGUGACACCCUCAGCUGAUAUCCUGGAGCCCUCUCCACACCCAGACAUGCUGUGUUUUGUGGAAGACCCCGCUUUUGGAUAUGAAGAUUUUACCCGCCGAGGGACUCAGGCACCGCCCACCUUCCGUGCCCAGGAUUAUACCUGGGAAGACCAUGGCUACUCACUGAUUCAGAGGCUGUACCCUGAGGGGGGGCAGCUGCUGGAUGAGAAGUUCCAGGCUGCCUAUAACCUUACCUACAACACCAUGGCCAUGCACAGCGGUGUGGACACGUCCAUGCUCCGCAGGGCCAUCUGGAACUACAUCCACUGCGUCUUUGGGAUCAGAUAUGAUGACUAUGAUUAUGGGGAAGUGAACCAGCUCCUGGAGCGAGACCUCAAAGUCUACAUCAAGACAGUGGCCUGUUACCCAGAAAAGACCACCCGGAGGAUGUACAAUCUCUUCUGGAGGCACUUUCGACACUCAGAGAAGGUCCACGUGAACUUGCUGCUCCUGGAGGCCCGGAUGCAAGCUGCCCUGCUUUAUGCCCUCCGCGCUAUCACCCGCUACAUGACCUGACUUCUUCCUACACAGGAUUGGUACCCAGAGCAGCUGGCCCUGGGGGGGGCACCGCCUCCCUGUAAGGACUUCUCUGUCUGGAGACAGACCAGGACCCUUUCUGUCCCAUGCCCACCUGCCCUUACAUGGGGGUUGGUGUGUGUGUGUGCUGUGCAGCUCCCGAGCCACACCCUCGUUUUUCCCACUGGAAAGGACAGACCAUUGCACUGACUCUCAGAUCUCUGCUCUGCCCCUGGGAGCUUGAAGAAGACUAGAAGAUCCCUGGGGGCUGUGCCCUUCCUCCUUCUCCAAAAGGUGUAGGAAAGGAAGUAGGCUAAGUUUAGAUUUUCAUGCCAGCCGGUUGAGGCCCAGCCACCACAAGUGCUGUGGGCCUUCCUGGACUGGUAAGCCCCUGGCUGGUUCUUGGGGGAGAGGGGCAAAGACCCCCCCCCCGACUUAACACUCCAGUUUUGCCUUCCUCCCCUCCCAUUCUCAGAUUACAUUACCUCCACCUGCCAUUCACCCAUCAAUGUGAAAGUCAGGGUCACAGCGGGUCUGUGUGCCCAGUUCCCCAAAAGCCUGUUCUGUUGGGCAGCUCUAAAGUCCUCUUCCUAUCUCCCCUUCCCCCCACCAUGUUCUUUAGUCGCCUGAAUCCUAUCUCAGUUCUUUUUUGCCCUAUGCCCAAGAGAGGAGCCCAAGACACCCAGAGCGCAGACUCCACAGAGAGAUGGAGCCUCUAUGGGCCUUCUGGGGAGGAAGAGAGUCUACCCUGAUAAGUUCAAUGUCUUUGGAUUAAUUAAGGGCCUCAUCCUUGGAGCCACACUUGCUUCCUGGAAUGAAAAGAGAGAGCUUCUGUCCUCAGGGGUGUUACUGAAAAUGCUUGCCAAAAAGUAGAAUUUUUUUUAAGUGGCUGAGGUAGCACCAGAGCCCACCCAGUAAUAGGUGGAUAUCAAGAUAAAGAUUCAGACUUCCUGCCUUCCUUCUUCCCUCCUUCCCUCCCUCCCUUUGUUCCGUUGUUCCUUCCUUCCUCCUGUCCUGCC